GUCAGCCUGCCGCAUGCAUCGCGUAUAUCCACACAGUUGGUGUCUCAUCUUGCGUGCGGGUCUCUGCGAACUCGUACCAGUGCAGCGGAACGGCAGCUUGGCUAAUUCCUGCAGCUGAGGUUGUGUGACUAAGCCGUUCGUCGCAAUGGGGCUUCUGUGCGUUGUACUUGUCGUCCUGUACUUCGCAUGCGCAGGGAGCCUGCCCUUUCCUCUACAGGAGGAACUGGUCAGACGGGAGGAGCCUCCGGGCCCGGCACCGUCCAGGGAGACUGACUUCAAGGGCUUGCCACCAAAGAUCAAGAAAGUAGUGGUCAAGCAACUGGAGGCCGACAUGGUGCGCGCCGCUGAGGCGGGCGUGGCGGCAGAGGCAGUUCGAAUGGAACAGAAGCUGGAGGACGAGAUCCUCGUGACAGCAGUGAAGAAGCUGUCGGCUCACCGCGGGGACAAGGCGAAGCAAGCAGAGGACAUGCGGGAGUUAAGGGAAAUGGUACGGCGCGACAAGAGGGCCGUGGAGGUCCUGACCAGUGUACUCGGCAGCAGCAGUGGGGGUGGCAGUGGUAGUGGAGACGGGCAGGAAGGAGAAGAUGGUGGAGGCUCCAAUGCCCUUGGACUGGUCUCUGAAGUCCUGGGAUCACUAAGUGGAAGCAGCAGCGGUGGGAGCGGUGCAGACGAUGCGAGUGGUGACGGCGGAGGUUCUAAUGUCUUGAGCCUCGUCGGUUCGCUGUCAGGGAGCAGCAGCGGUGGGAGCGGUGCAGACGAUGCGAGUGGUGACGGAGGAGGUUCCAAUAUCCUGAGUCUCGUCGGUUCGCUCUCAGGGAGUAGCAGCGGUGGGGGUGGAGGAGGCCAGGAUGGUUGCUCUGAUAUCCUGCGUUUUCUGGGAUCUCUUUCAGGAAGUCUCAUUGGGGGUGGUGGUGCAGGGGGUGGAUCCGAUAUUCUAAGUCUACUGGGUCCACUUUCAGCAAGCCUUAGCGGGGGUGGUGGUGGAGGAGGUGGUUCUGACAUCCUCAGUCUACUUGGGCCCCUUUCUGGGGCAUUAAGUGGGGGUGGUGGUGGAGGAGGUGGUUCUGACAUCCUCAGUCUACUUGGGCCCCUUUCUGGGGCAUUAAGUGGGGGCGGAGGUGGUGGAGGUGGUUCCGAUAUCCUCAGCUUACUUGGGCCCCUUUCUGGGGCAUUAAGUGGGGGAGGUGGUGAAGGGGGUGGAUCUGACAUUCUAAGUUUACUUGGACCCCUCUCGGGAAGCCUCAGCGGGGGUGGUGGAGAUGGUGGAGGUUCAGACAUUGGGGCCCUUUUGGGAAAUCUGGGCCCUCUUAUUGGAGGUCUCAGUGGGGGAGGCGAUGAAGACGGUGGUGGAUCCGACAUAGGGGCCCUUUUGGGAAAUCUGGGUCCUCUUAUUGGCGGUCUCAGCGGGGGUGGUGAUGAAGAGGGUGGUGGAUCAGACAUUGGGGCCCUUUUAGGAAAUCUCGGUCCCCUUAUCGGCGGCCUCAGCGGGGGUGGCGAAGGUGAAGACGGUGAGGGUGGUGGAUCGGACAUUGGGGCACUUUUGGGAAAUCUCGGUCCCCUAAUUGGCGGUCUCAGCGGGGGUGGUGAUGAUGAAGACGGUGAGGGUGGUGGAUCCGAUAUAGGGGCCCUUUUGGGAAAUCUGGGCCCUCUUCUUGGUGGGCUGAGUGGGGGUGGUGAUGAUGAAGACGGUGAGGGUGGUGGAUCCGACAUAGGGGCACUUUUGGGAAAUCUCGGUCCCCUAAUUGGCGGUCUCAGCGGGGGUGGUGAUGAUGAAGACGGUGAGGGUGGAGGAUCCGACAUAGGGGCACUUUUGGGAAAUCUGGGCCCUCUUCUUGGCGGGCUGAGUGGGGGUGGUGAUGAUGAAGACGGUGAGGGUGGUGGAUCGGACAUUGGGGCACUUUUGGGAAAUCUCGGUCCCCUAAUUGGCGGUCUCAGCGGGGGUGAUGCAGAUAGCGAGGGUGGAGGCGGCUCCAACAUUCUGAGUCUCCUGGGACCCCUGUCUGGCAGCCUCAGCGCGGGAAGCAGCGGAGGCGGCGGCGGGGGUGACAGUGGAGAUGCGGGCGGCGGGUCCAAUAUCCUGAGCCUUGUGUCUGGACUGCUUGGGAGCAGCAGUGGCAGCAGCAGCGGUGGUGGUGAGGGUGAAGACGGAGGCGGCGGUUCCAAUAUUCUGAGUCUCAUCUCUACCGUCCUCGGAGGAAGCAGUGGAAGUGGUGGAGACAAUGCCGGAGACGGGAGCACGGGGGGAAACAAGAAUCCGCUACAAGGAGGAACGUAUGAUGAUCUCAUUGGGAAAGGCCCAUUCAGUUCCUUCGGAAACGGCUUCUCCAGGUUACUCACGUUCAAAUUCAGCAUAUUCAGAACUCUCUUCUCCCUUCUUACUUCACUCCUGACUUCGUCAUCAUCGUCAUCCAGUUCGUAACGUCCGGGCAAGACUUCACGGCGUAUCCCAACAAGUCUUCGGAAUUACCCGCAAGAAACAAUCUCCUUUUUGUGGAAUUUGCUUCUCACAUGUCAAACCUGAACACGCACAAGCCCCACUUUACGUCAUCCGAUUUGGAGCACCACAGAAUAAUCGCAACGUGCAAUAUCCCAAUUCGAAUUCUGUGAUCGUUUCGAAACAUGGUGACGACCUAAUUUAUCGCCGUGUUGAAGUCUCUCUUACGUAUCACUUUAAUGCGGUGCCUGCUAGGAACGCAGAAACACACUUCCGAUUUAACUAUCUACAGGGUGAUUCACUCGGCAAGAUGCAGAAUAAAUAAUUAUAAAUCACGUAAUUAUUUACCAAUGAAAGCAACACUGGGCUGGUAAUUUUUUUUUCCUUGGCACUACAGCCCCAGUGGGCCUAGGCCUACCUCCAUGAACUUCUCCGUUCACUGGGCUCGUAAAUACCUUGCUAUAUUCGAGACAGUUGAGCUACAGAGAAUGUUGAAAAUGUUCUCCCUCCGCCUGCAGACGUAGGUCGAGACGGCAUUCCAUAUCAAUGUACAUUAUUUCUCUGUAAAUUACGUGGAAUGAGAGAAAGAAGGAAGUGACAAGAACUGGAGAUAGACGACAAGUUUAGUUUCUAUGUGUAAAUUAUUGCAAGAUUAAUAUCCCCCUGCAAGUGAAUCUCUCUGUAUAUGAAAAAUGAAACAACAGGUUUGAAAAUCACAUUAAUUCCAACUUCUAAUACUAUAACUUCGUAAUCGUGCGAUUGUUAAUAUCAAAUUUUUACUCUCUUAUUUAAUGUCCAUUGACGCCUGUCUCCUUCAAGUCACUUAACCGCCCUUCUGAAUUAUUUGCUUUUUGCCUUCACAUCUUCAAUUUCAGUUCUUCUAACUCAUUCUGUAUGUCUUCUAGCCAUCACACUUUGAACAUUUUCCUAUGGUUUCUUUUAAAUA